CCACCACGACCUUUCUUCGCGGCGGCGUUAGUCGUCGUCGCCGUCGCUGUCGCUACGGCAUCGAUUGGCACCGCCGACGCGCGCCUUCCGCCCGCACCAAGGCGGCAAAGCGAAGGUGGCGGGCGUAGGAUGCGGUUGGCCAGGAAUAGGACGCCUGGGGAGUAGCUGCUCUGGCUCAUCGGGCUCGAGGGUGCCCGUCGAGUACAGUUCGCCGCGUAGUCGCGUGAACGCCUAACGGCACUUGAGAGCGUCCGACCGAGACUGCCAACGAGGAAGAAAAUGCCACGGAUGAAGGACGCGCUCCUCGAGAGGUUCGGCCUGGAGCCCGACGGCGAGCCCUACAGCCUGCUGAUGAGCAGCAUCGACGCGCGGGCCUGCUACAAGCCCUACGAAAAAUCGUGGUUCCGCGGGGUCCGGAGCAGCAAGUUUCGGCAUGUCUACGGGGCCCCAGCCAAGCGCGAGAAGUGCUAUGAUAACAUUAAAAUCACGAAAAACGCCCACGACUCGCAAUUCUGUGCUGUGAAUCCCAAGUUUUUGGCGAUAGUCACGGAGGUUGCAGGUGGCGGUGCAUUCCUAGUACUACCUCUCGACAACACUGGGCGGCUGGAUUUUAACGCGAGUCGGGUGACCGGCCAUAGCGGACCAGUCCUCGACAUCAAGUGGAAUCCCUUCAAUGACAACGUCAUAGCCUCCUCUUCGGACGAUUGCACGAUAAAGUUGUGGCAUGUUCCGGACGGCGGUCUCUCGCGGAAUCUAACGGACUGGCUGGUGGAGCUUCAGGGCCAUAAACGCAGGGUCGGCUACAUAGAAUGGCACCCGACGGCCGAGAAUAUCCUCUUCAGCGCGGGCUUCGAUCACCUCGUCAUUGUCUGGGAUAUUGGCAAGGGCGAAGCCGUAAGCGUCAUCGACAGACACCCCGACGUCAUAUACAGUAUGUCCUUGAACAGGGAUGGCAGCCUUCUAGCCACCACGUGCAAGGACAAGAAAUUGCGCGUUAUCGAGCCACGAUCUGGAAUCGUUGUCUCGGAGGGCAUUUGUCAUGCUGGAACGAAAGCGAGCAAGGUUGUGUUCCUGGGUGGAUCGGGUCGCCUAUUGACAACCGGAUUCAGCAGGCACUCGGACAGACAGUAUGCCGUCUGGAGUCAGCACGACCUGUCGACGCCGUUGACUUGCGAAACGAUAGACUCGAGCAGCGGCAUUGUGUUUCCAUUUUACGACAAUGACACCAAUAUGGUAUAUUUAGCAGGGAAGGGCGAUGGCAAUAUACGAUACUACGAGGUAGUGAACGAGGCGCCCUGGGUGCACUAUCUCACUCAAUUCAUAUCCGGGAAUCCGCAGCGUGGCCUCGGCAUAAUGCCGAAGCGCGGUGUUAGUACAGCAAUUUGCGAGGUCUUCAGAUUUUAUAAACUCCACGCAACCAGAGGCAUGUGCGAGCCGAUCUCCAUGAUCGUGCCGCGUAAAAGUGACCAAUUCCAAGAAGAUUUGUAUCCGGACACCGCAGGUACGACUCCUGCCCUGGCAGCUAAAGACUGGAUAGGAGGAAUGAAUAGUCCUCCGCUUUUGAUAUCUCUUAAAACCGGGGGCAGUAUCACUACUCAUAAGCCACGCGUAUACAAACCUUCGCAUUUGGCAUCGGCGACGGAUAUGAAUACGAAGAAGAAAUUUGCAUUCCUAUCGACGGAAACAGUGCCUGAUUAUCGAUCAAUGAAAUACAAUGAAGUUUCGGAAAAAAGCCAAAAGACAUCUAGUAAUCAAAGCACUAAAUUUCAUCAAUUACAACAAAAGUUUAAUAAUGUCGCUUUGCAGACACCAAGAUGUAGCAUCAAAUUCUAUGAGCUCGUUAACAAGUUUGGGAGUUAUUCUCAUUAUUGUAAGAAUAACAUUGUGUCUUCAACUUUAAAUGACAAUAAGGUAUUCGAUACUGCUGACGUACCAAAUAAUGAGGCUGAACUUAGAAUGGCUUACAUGAGACAGACUGAUGAGUUGAGGUUAGUGAGGCAUCAACUUGCAAAUAGUCAACUGCGUGUCAAAGAAUUAGAAGAACAAAUACGAAAUCAACAAGAAAAAAGCUUAUAAUUAUUUACUACGUAUAUAAAUUACAUACGUAAUGUUUAC